CCCUCAGAUUGUGGUACACAGAAUUCCCAUUCCUCACCCCUUCCACGCUCCACCACAAAAACCCUAAUUUUCUUUUUCCCAAAAUAAUUUGAAAUUAAUUUUUCAAAAAACAUAGGAAAAGAAAAAAAAAUCUUGCAAAUUUCAGUUAUAUAUCAUCAAUCAGAGCUGGGUCAAUCACUGUUUUCUCCAUCAAUGAAGUAUGUAGCUGUGGCAGCAAAUGGAAAGCAAUGAUAGUUCCACCCACAAGGAUUACUACAAAGUUUUGGAGGUUGAUUAUGAUGCAACUAAUGAGAAGAUCAAGUUAAAUUACAGAAGGCUUGCACUGAAGUGGCAUCCCGACAAGCAUAAGGGUGACAAUGCUGUUACAGAAAAAUUUCAACUGAUCAAUGAAGCUUAUAAAGUGUUGAGUGAUCCUGCUAAACGACUUGACUAUGAUUUAACUGGAAACUAUGAGAUUGAUAAGUACACUUUACGGGAAUAUCUUACCAGAUUUAAAGGAAUGAUACUUACCUGCAAUGGGCUCGGAAUUAGUCACACAUCCAUAUGAGAACAAAGUGAGAAAACAGGUUGGAGUUUGGAAUGAAGUCAAGGAGUGGAAGAAGUACAUUAGGUGAAGAGGGAAGGUGGUAGUGGUUGCAUUAAGAUUGUGUUGAGGUAAGUUCAAUGCCCUAUGCAAAUCCUCUCCCAUUAGACAGAAGGUUCUAGAUAUUAUCUAUCAGUGCUCAAUAAACUCUACAUAAAUCUGCCCCCUCACCUGACCUUUUUAGAGACCGUCGGGAUAUUCCAAAAGCUUUGAGUGCUCUACAGUAUUGUGGAACUCUCUAAACAGUUUAGAGUGCCUUGGAACAGUUUAGAACUGGAUUUUGUAGAAUUCUCUAAUUUUUGUGUUCCCCUUGCCUUGAUAUUUUGGCCGGUUGGCAUCCUUGUAUACAACAUGCAUACUUCUGUGUUGUUUAAUACAAUCAAUUUUUAUCUAUCCAAAAAGGAAAAAAAAUGCAGAAUACUCUAAACACAUAGAAGUAGGAGGCGGGGCCUCACUUUAGCCCAGGCACCUCAAUGUUAAGAGCUCAUUGGCAUUAUAAAACUUCCUCUGGGAAGUGCACUUGCAUCAAUUUUGGAAUAUCUCCAGGAUCAAAAAAUCGAAUAUUUGUACAAUUCAUUCUUUCGAUACAAAAGCUUUCCUCUUAUUACAUUGGGAAGUUUCUUAGUUAUGGAUGUAGCUUUUGGAUGUCUCUGACAUUUUCUAAGCCUUUAGUCUUAAAAAGGCUAUAGUGAUUUGGUGCUUUUUUUUUUUUUCUCUUAUAUGUUUUUUUUUUGGGUUACUACAUUUUAAACUCACCUUCAUAGCAUUUCUUUUUUGGAUUGUAUUUGAUAUCUACAUUGGUUUUCCUCAAAACUGUAAGAUCCAUUCUCUCCUAAAAGAAUCCCAUGAAUUGUCAUCUUAAAAUUUCUAAGACAUGAAUAAUUAAUAAUUCAUUAAGAACUUGUAUAUUAUGGGAACUUUCUAAAGCUUUUCAUACCUUAAUUACAUUAAUCUGCAAAAAUGCUUACAGUUC